AUGGCCCAGAUGAGUUCCUGGUAUGGCCUACCACUUCCUCCUGAGGUCCUGCUGGAGUUGGCGGAAUACCUGGAUCCACCAGACCUUGUAGCUCUGGCACAGGCCACGGAGGGCUUUGCGUCAUUAGUAGUCUUAUCGCGGAGUGCUCGAGCGCUAGAAAGGGGACGAACCAUUCUGUUUGCUGCAGCUGUCUGUGGUCAUGUCAAUCUUGUUCGCCAUUUUCUUGAUGGAGGGGCGGACCCAUGUGCUGUCGAUCAUGACGGAAGCACAGCCUUACAUCAUGCAUGUUGUUUUGGCCAUGCAGCUGUCGUCAGGAUGCUUCUUGCUGUUGGUGCGGAUAUAAACGCCCGCCAUAAUAAUGGGCUUACACCCCUGGACCUUUCCAUCAUUACCGGCCGUGAUAAUGUGGUCGAGGUGCUGAUAAACAAGGGGGCCAACAUUUCGGACACAAAGAUCGGUAAAUUAGAGCGGACAACGCUCCAUGCCGCUGCCAUCAAGGGGUACGCCCGCAUCGCAAAGCUUCUGGUCAACGCUGGCGCCUGUGUGCAUACGGUGGAUUCGUGCGGGCAUACACCUCUUCAUUUAGCAGCUUCGGAGGGCCACGUGGAGAUCGUCCAAACGCUUCUGGAUGCCGGGGCAAGUGGCUCCACGCCAGACCACGAAGGCGAUAGCCCGUUGCACCUUGCUGUUGAAGAAGGGCACUUAGGUGUGGUUCAAAAGCUCCUCGGUGCGGGGGUUAGCCCAAUGGCGCAAGGUCGUGAUAGGGCUACACCAUUGCACUGGGCAAGCCUUUUAGGUCGUGUCGAGAUAAUGCAGCUCCUAAUAGAGGCCGGUGCAAGUGUGGCUGCUCUAACCAGCGAAGACAAAACGCCUCUCUCUCAAAGUUGUGCUGCCGGUCAUUAUGAGGCUGUGCGGCUGCUUCUUGAAGCAGGAAGUGACCCUUCCAUCUCUGACAGUCACGGCGACACCCCAUUACAUCUGGCUGUUUGUUCGGAUAAUGCGGCUGUGGUCUCUCUUCUUCUCGGCUCCGGAGCUCCUGUCGAUGCAAGAAAUUUGAAGAAUCAGACCCCGUUACACUGGGCUGCCAAAGAGCAUGAAGAGUCGGUACUGCCCUUGCUCAAUCACGGAGCUGACGUCAAUGCUAUGACAAAUAGUGGAUGGACACCACUCCAUUGGGCAGCUAAAGAUGGCCAUGUUGGCAUCGCUCAAAAAUUGUUAGAACAUGGCGCUUCCGUGAACACUCAAAAUGAGCAUGGAGAAUCGGCACUGCACUUCGCCGCUCAAAGAGGGCAUGGGAACAUAGUUCGGUUACUGGUGGAUUCGGGGGUGGGGGUGAACCUUGUCGACCGCGGCGGGAAAGCAGCCCUACACUUUGCUGCAAUAAAUGGGGAGGAAGAGAUAACCCGGAUUCUCCUGGAAUCCGGCGGCAAGGUCAAUAUCAGAGACAGGGAGAACUAUUCGCCACUUGCCUAUGCGAUUGCUGAGGGACAUCCGGAGGUGUCCGAAGUGCUCCUUCAAGCAGGAUCGACUCUGGAUGAGAGCUGUAACGAGGCAUUUCUAAGCCUAGUGGAAAUGGGCUGCGAAUGCACAAUGCGCUCACUCAUUGAUCGUGGUAUAGACCUCCUUUGGAAAGACGGAAGUGGGUCUACAUCAUUGCACAAGGCGAUUUUUACUGGUGAAGUUAGCGUUGUUCAACUCCUACUAGAUGCAGGAGCUGACAUUUCUGCUGGGGAUAACGUGGGCAAAACUGCCCUCCACAUUGCCGCUGCUGAGGGGGAGGAUCUCCUUGUGGAAACUCUACUUGCUGCUGGUGCCUCAAGUUCGAUACAGGACCAUGACGGCUGGACGGCCUUGCACUGGGCAAUCGCUAAUGAGCACGAGGCAGUUGUUCGAACUCUAACUGCACCCAGCGUUUAUCAGUGCGUCAAUCGACUUAGUGUCCAGGCCCUACUGGAUCUUGCUGAAGAGUGCGGCAGCCCCGCGUCGAUUGUGGAUCUUCUCACGGAGGCAUCAGAGAGAAUAGAAGAGGGAGCAUCAGAGGUAUAG